AAGAGAUGUUAAAUGUUUGAUUCAUCUAAAUGAAGUACAAGAGUGAGGAACCUACCUACCUACCAAGUAAAUCACAGUCUCUGAAUCACAAGAUCGACUUGAACAUCUGAUGGGCAAAACUGCUACUGCAAGACAAUACUGCUCAUCUCCCUCAAUGAACCCUAAUUUCAAAACACCAUUAACCAGAUCUCCAUUGCUCCUAUUCAUCAUCUCCGUCUCCUGCCUUAUUCUCCUCUUCUACACCUUCUCCUCUUCUCCCCCAAAUCAACUCAUUCCAAACCCUAAUCCUAACCCUAUCAUUCACUAUUCCUUCGUCAAUUCACUCCAACAGUUCUUGGAAAACACUGGAUCUCGUAACAUUCACGACGAUACUGUUGCGGUUGAAGAUCAGGAGAAAGUGAGGAAGCUGGAUGAUCUUGUGUGGAGAACAGAGAGUGCGAGGCUGUAUGAGCAAGUGUUUGUGAAUUCGCCUGUUAGGGUUUACGUUUAUCAGAUGCCAGAUAAGUUUACUUAUGAUAUGCUCUGGUUGUUCCAGAAUACGUAUAGAGAAACGCUUAAUCUCACAUCUAAUGGCAGCCCUGUUCACCGCCUUAUUCAACAGCAUUCAGUUGACUACUGGCUGUGGGCAGAUUUGAUUGCUCCGGAAUCGGAAAGACUUGUGAAAAGUGUUGUACGAGUUCAUCGGCAAGAGGAGGCUGACCUUUUCUAUGUUCCGUUUUUCACAACGAUUAGCUUCUUCUUGUUGGAGAAACAACAAUGCAAGGCGCUUUACAGGGAAGCAUUGAAGUGGGUUACUGAUCAGCCCGCAUGGAAGCGGUCUGAAGGAAGAGAUCAUAUAUUUCCAAUUCAUCAUCCGUGGUCUUUCAAAACUGUCCGUAAGUUUGUGAAAAACGCAAUAUGGUUGUUACCAGAUAUGGACUCCACAGGAAACUGGUACAAGCCGGGCCAAGUUUCACUUGAAAAAGAUUUGAUACUUCCUUAUGUUCCAAAUCUUGAUUUAUGUGACGCCAAAUGCUUAUCAGAAAGUGCUUCAAAAAGAACUACACUGCUGUACUUUCGUGGGAGGCUUAAAAGAAACGCUGGAGGAAAAAUACGUUCUAAACUUGGGGCCGAACUUGGUAAUGCUGAUGAUGUCAUCAUCGAAGAGGGAAGUGCUGGAGAGGCAGGGAAAAUAGCAGCACAAACCGGCAUGCGCAAGUCUGUGUUUUGCCUGAGUCCAGCUGGCGAUACACCAUCAUCUGCUAGACUGUUUGAUGCCAUUGUUAGUGGCUGCAUACCCGUUAUAGUUAGUGAUGAACUUGAGCUUCCUUUCGAAGGAAUACUUGAUUAUCGUAAGAUUGCUUUAUUUGUUUCUUCAAGUGAUGCUGUGCAGCCAGGUUGGCUUUUGACAUACCUGAGAAGCAUUAAACCUACGCAGAUAAGAGAAAUGCAAGAUAAUUUAGCCAAGUACGUUCGGCAUUUCUUGUACUCCCAUCCUGCUCAACCGUUGGGGCCAGAAGACUUAGUUUGGAGAAUGAUGGCGGGUAAAUUAAUAAACAUCAAACUUCACACACGAAGAUCACAACGGGUCGUGAAAGAGUCAAGAAGCAUCUGUCUCUGUGACUGCAGGCGUCCCAACACUACUUUUCCGGUGAAUCCCCGAUAAGGUUGUCUAGAAAUUCUUCACAUUGUUGUUCCAUAUCUAAACGUUUGCUUUCCAAUUUUAUUUUGAUUUUUUUUUUUUUUUCAAAUCAUAGAUGUGUUUGUACUACAAGAGUUAUAGAAAUGAUGAUGCUGAAUUUGUGGGAAAUAAGAAUCACAUGAUAUAUCAAAGAGGGGUGUGAGGAAGUAUCAUGGGACGUGCAACGCAUAUGCAUUCCAUGAUUGAAAACAUCACUUUCAUACUUCCUUUUUAUUUUUUAAUAAAUAUUAUUAUAAUAUUAUAAUUAUUCUAAGAUUUUAUGUUACACAAUCCUUUCUAUUAAUAAAAUAUACGAUACAAUA